AUGGAAUCUCUUCUCAAAUGGUCCAUCCAAAACUCUACGCCAGGAGAUGGCUCCAAACCUCCAGAACCUAGAAAGGAUCUCAACCCUGAAAUAAUUAACGCAAUUUUGGGCAAAUCUGACGCAGAGCAGAUGAAAGACGAUAUAGCAGUCGCUGUUGACACCAAUAGAAGUGAAGAUGAAAGGGUGGAUGCUCUAGAUCAUCUAGAAAUGCUCGUCGAACAGAUUGAUAAUGCGAACAACCUCGAAAAACUGAAGAUAUGGGCGCCUCUUCACGCUCUCAUAACAUCGGAUUCAUCGACACCUCCUGUUGUUCUCCAGGCUCUCUGGGUGAUCGGAACGGCACUCCAGAAUAAUCCAGCCGCUCAAGAUUCUUACUUGUCCCUGAACCCCCUCCCGACUCUUACCUCUUUUCUUUCCCGAAACACCAACGUAUCACCUCAAGUUCGAUCCAAAGUCAUCUACGUAUUGUCGGGACUUCUUAAACACAACGCGACCGCUCUUUCAAAACUGGACGAUGACGAUACAGACGGUUGGGUGAAGCUCAAGCAUGGAUUACAAGAUCCCGAUAUCUCUGUCAGACGAAAAGUUGCAUUCCUCUUGAGCACCCUUCUAACGCCAACGGAAUCCAAGUUCGCGGGAUCAGAACAUAAUCUUCACACUCCCAAUACGCAAGAACAACGGACUCCGGAGCCUGUGCAUCCCAAUUCACACGCGGUGCACUUGACGAAUCCUGAUCGUAAAGCUACCUCUCCCAUUGCGAUCAAGGCAUUGGAAAAGUAUGGGAUAGUAAGUACAGUUAUUGAGGGAUUGAUAAGUCCAGUUCCUCGCGGGGAGGAUGGCGAUAUCGAGGAGGCAGACGUUAAUUUUGAGGAGAAGGGUGUGGGGCUACUCCGAACAUAUGCUGUCAGUUGCAAUGGCCAUCUCUCUCAAGAACAUAAAGAGACAUUGAAAGGGUGGAUACAGAGAGAGCAACAGAAGGAGGGUGAUUCAGGUGAAAACGCGUUGGCUGAACGGUGGAGUUUAAGCAUUGGGGAAUUGCGAGAGUUGAUCAGUAAAGUCGAAUAA